AAUGGCUGAGAGUGGCGCUAAAGAAGAUAAAGAGCUCGAGAGUGACGCGAAGGACGAGAACUAUGGCUAUAGUCUAUAUCCCGAGCGAAGCGGCGGCAAGUACAAGCAGGGCUCGAUCGGGGAGAGCCUCUUCACCUUCAAGCACAAGUGUCACAUCAUGCUGCAGUUCGCCAUGGACACUAGCCCGUAUGCUAAGCUCCUGCUGGCCGCGAUGAGGAGCUCGGGCUGCGCGGUUCAUAAAGACCGGCACUUCUCGUGUGAGGACUGUGAUGGGACGGUUAGCGGCGGGUUUGACGCCGCCACCUCUCAGAUCGUCCUGUGCCAGAACAACAUCCACCAGCAGGCUCACAUGAACCGCGUGGUCACGCACGAGCUAAUCCACGCCUUCGACCACUGCCGCGCGCGAGUCGACUGGUUCAGCAACCCCAGACACCUGGCCUGCUCAGAGAUCCGGGCCGCCAAUCUGAGCGGAGACUGUUCCUUCCUCAACGAGGUCUCCAGAUUCAACUUCGGCCUCAGAGAACACCAUCAGGAGUGUGUGCGGAGUCGAGCGCUGCGCUCCAUCCUGGCGGUGCGUAAGGUGAGCAGGGAGGAGGCGGAGCUAGUGGUUGACGAGGUGUUUGACAGCUGCUUCCGAGACCACGCCCCCUUCGGGUGGAUCCCACACACCAAGAUGGAUGCCAGGUUCUCCUUCAGGGACUUCGAGAGCCGCGACCGCUACCAUGCUAACCUCUGAUCAC